CGAAGGUAACAACUUCCUUGCGACGCUGACGCCGCUGCUAUAUAUCUCUACAACAGCUUCAUCCAUUCUCAUUGAAGCUGUUGGUAUAUUGAGCGCCUGAAGACCCCCCCCCCAACCCCCAAGAUGGCGAACCAUACCCCCGCCGUUGUCAUGGACAACGGCACAGGUUUCUCGAAGCUCGGGUUCGCUGGAAAUGACUCGCCGUCCUUCGUAUUCCCUACCGCCAUCGCGACCAAGGGCGGGGCACCAGGAGCCGGAGGCACUGGAUCUGGCCGCCCAGGUGUCGGAGCGAAGCCAUCGUUUCUCACUGGUGGAACUGGGUCAGGUGGUGGAAACCUAUCUAUGAAGAGAGGGACAGAGGACCUGGACUUCUUCAUCGGUGACGAAGCCUUGGCAGCCGCGAAUGGACCAGGAUAUGGAAUUCACUAUCCCAUUCGCCACGGUCAAGUUGAGAACUGGGAUCACAUGGAGCGCUUCUGGUCGAACUCGAUAUUCAAAUACCUGCGCGUUGAGCCAGAAGACCAUCACUUCCUGCUCACCGAGCCCCCGCUAAACCCACCUGAGAACCGCGAGAACACCGCCGAGAUCAUGUUCGAAUCGUUCAACUGCGCCGGUCUAUACAUCGCUGUCCAGGCAGUGCUCGCCCUCGCUGCCUCGUGGACCUCCUCCAAGGUAUCCGACCGGUCUCUUACCGGAACGGUUAUCGACUCUGGUGAUGGUGUUACCCACGUCAUCCCCGUUGCCGAGGGAUACGUUAUUGGUUCCUCUAUCAAGUCCAUCCCAAUCGCCGGUCGUGAUAUUACCUACUUCGUGCAAUCCCUGCUGAGAGACCGCGGCGAGGCCGACUCGAGCUUGAAGACUGCCGGAGAGAUCAAGGAAGAAUACUGUUACGUUUGCCCCGAUAUUGUCAAGGAGUUCAGCAGGUUCGACAAGGACCCCACACGUUUCGUGAAGCACCUUGUCACCCAGCCCGGCGGAAGGAAGGUCUCGGUCGAUGUUGGCUACGAGCGUUUCCUGGCCCCCGAGAUCUUCUUCAACCCCGAGAUCUACUCCUCCGACUUCCUGACCCCCCUCCCACAAGUGGUCGACACCGUUAUCCAAACCUCGCCCAUCGAUGUGCGUCGUGGUCUCUACAAGAACAUUGUCCUGUCUGGUGGAUCCACUCUCUACAAAGAUUUCGGCCGCAGGUUACAGCGCGAUAUCAAGCACCUCGUCGACGCACGCAUCCGCGCCUCGGAAGCGAAGAGCGGAGGCGCAAAAUCUGGCGGCCUGGAGGUACAGGUUAUUACGCACAAGCGCCAGAGACACGGCCCAUGGUUUGGUGGAAGUUUGUUGGGACAGACGCCCGAGUUCAGGAGUUACUGCCACACCAAGGCGGAGUAUGAUGAGAUAGGCCCCUCCAUUGUGCGGAGAUUUGCUCUGUUGGGAGGUCCAGGUGGCUCAUAGAGUGAGACGAGUGCGGGAGGUACUGGGUGAGAUAGGGGGGGAGAAAAAGCUAUAGAUACUGUAGUUUCAAGCGCCAUUGACAGU